CAAUACACAGAAAAUUAAUUACUCAUCAACAAGAAAAAUGGGUUUCAAGCACAUUCUUGUCGCCCUUUCUACCGCAACCUUUGCCCUCGCUGCCUCCCCAGUGGGGACUGGCACCUGGACUUCGGUCACUGCUAGCUUUGACGCGCAGGAGUGUGCUGGAGGUGUCGUUAACGGUAACACCUUUAAACUUCCCACAUCGCCCAACGGCAGCACGAGCGGCAGUGGUUGCUCAAACGGCCACUUGCGUGCUGAACGCCGGUACAAGAAUGACUACACCUCGGGUGUGCACCAGUUCGGAGGCCAGUUCCAGAUUACCUCCAUGACUGGCAACAAAAUCUCGCUGAAGCAAACCUUUAACGGUGACGAUGGGCCAUACUUCAUCAUGGGCGUUAAGAGCAACGGCGACCUCUACGAUGUAGAGGGCGGCGCGACCAUUGCCAGUGGCGUGGCCACGGUAGGAACGACUGUGACAAUCAACACUAUCCAUGAUGCCAAUAACCAGCUCUACGACGUGUACGUCAAUGGCAAAAAGACUUUCAGCACCAGCGCCCCCGGCGGUAGCUUUUAUGACAAGUGCGGAGCCUACACUAGUGACAGCGGCACAGGUGCGAUCACCGUCAUCUGGAGCGACGUUUCGUUUUGGACCCAGUAGAAGGAAAUGCCCUAGUACAGGACGGGCUGUCAAGUCUUAUCUAGCACAUGAAUCUUUGCUAUAUCGCAUAUUGUAAGGGCAACAGCCCCUGCGAAUGUCUCUGGUCGUACACAUCAAAAGAUAAAAUUACUCAGAGGAUAUACUAUAUCAACUACAUGGACCAACCGUGAGACAGAAAUAAUGAACAACUUAGCUAAAUCACUCCUAUAUGUAUAUGAAUUUCUGUUUAUGACGUAAUUCAUAUACAAAAUUUAUGAUUUCUCUCUUCUAUCUCUUGUAAAGCCUUCACAAUCCGACACGAUGGGUAGAUGG